AUGCCUCCUAGACGACAAGCUUCCUCGUCUGUUGCUGCCAACGACGACGCUCAGCAGCGAUCUGCUCCUAUUGCGAAACUCCUGAAUGACCACGACUUUGCAGACGCGUUCCAGGGCGAGACUUCAUCCAAGUUCGGUCGAAGAAUGACUAGCGCCAUCCACGGCGAUGCAGAUGGUGAUGCCGACACGGUUGGCAAUGAUGGUCGCAAUGGUGAUGCAGCGGCAGCCGCCAACGGAUCCGCGAAUGGCACUCCUGCUGCCUCCCGCCUGCUGCGUCGGGCCAGCUUCGAUUUCGAGGCCGCACCUGUGGACCUCAACGAGCUCAUGCUGCGACAGCUGAAGGAGGAUCGCAACUCGCUGCAGUACGACAUGGAGUGGACUCGCCACCAGGUCGGCCUUGCUAACAUCACGCCUCCCGAGUCUCGCACAUAUCAGCUGCGCCUGUUGGACCUCGGACACCAGCUCCGCCAGACCAACCACCGCAUCCACAUGCGAGAGGCCGAGAUUCACAACUACCGCUUUGGACCUGCUCCAGCUGUGUACGGCCAACAGCAAUACGCCCCGAAUGCUGCCCAGCACGCCUUCUUCAUGAACGCGGAGCCUCCACAGGAGCGCCGUGGCCCAGGCCGCCCCCUCGGAUCGAAGAAUCGCGCCCGGGACUCGCUGGCGCCUGCUUCCACUCCUGGCCCUCAGGCCCCGACCAACAACGCUCAGAAGGCUGCUGCUUUGGCGAGUGCUGGCGCUAAGCGCAUCUUGCCCACUGAGAUCACUGUGGCGACUCCGAACGGCGACAAGGGCGAGUCUGGUCCCUUGGCGAAGCGCCCUCGCGUUGAGGUUGGCUCACCCCUUGACAGCCCCGCCGAGGAAGACAGCAAGAUGGUGGUCGAUUCCGGCAGCGGCGAGGCUGCUCACAGCGGCGACACUACUAAGGAGGAUAACGCCGCGCAGAACGGUCAAGCCGAGGAGGGAACCCCGAAUGUCAACGCGGCGGCCACGUCUGUCCUCGCCGCCCCGACGCCGUCGACCCCGAACGUCCCAUCCAUCUCCGCCAACACCAGCAGCGCGCAGGCGCAGGCCGGCUCCACCCCGACGGCCACCCGCACGACCCCGGGAGGCACCGUCGACGAGACCGGACCGGGCGGCAGCCAGUACCAGCGACUGGGCCACUGGAUGUGCACGCUUUGUACGUCGCAGAAGUACCUCCAGCACCCGGCGCCCAAGCAGCCGUCCGAGCCGUCGUCCUGGCCCCUCCGCGACGUCAGCAAGAUAGUUACUCACUACACGCGCAUGCACGGAGAGCACAACCGCAUGGAGCGCUGUAUGGAGCUCGGAACCGCCCUGCAGGCCAACCUGGGCCCCUUCCGCUACUGGAUCCAGGAGACGAAGCGGGAGAAGAUCCCGCUCGAGGAGGUCCGCGAGGCCCUCGCCACGCUGCAGCGCGGACAGCUGCCCGAGCUACUGCGCCGCUUCUCGACUGCCGCGAGGGCGUUUCCUAACUAA